AUGUCCGUAGAUACUGGGGUGGAUGUGCCAGGGCAGAGCUUUCCUGCCGAGCUCCCUAACCGUCAGCUGUUUGCAGUUCACCAGGUGGCAGAGCGUGUGGAGGCGCUGGGCCAGUUUGUGAUGAAGACCAGGAGGACCCUGAAGGGCCACGGAAAUAAAGUUCUCUGUAUGGACUGGUGCAAAGACAAGAGAAGGAUUGUGAGCUCUUCCCAGGAUGGGAAGGUGAUUGUGUGGGAUUCCUUCACUACCAACAAGGAACACGCAGUGACGAUGCCGUGUACCUGGGUGAUGGCGUGUGCGUAUGCCCCGUCUGGAUGUGCCAUUGCUUGUGGUGGCCUGGACAACAAGUGCUCUGUGUACCCUCUGACAUUUGACAAAAAUGAAAACAUGGCUGCAAAGAAGAAAUCGGUGGCAAUGCACACAAACUACUUGUCUGCCUGCAGCUUCACUAACUCAGACAUGCAGAUCCUGACAGCAAGUGGAGAUGGAACUUGUGCUCUGUGGGAUGUCGAGAGCGGGCAGCUUCUACAGAGUUUCCAUGGUCAUGGAGCUGAUGUCCUGUGCCUGGACCUGGCCCCUUCUGAAACAGGAAAUACAUUUGUCUCUGGGGGAUGUGACAAGAAAGCCAUGGUUUGGGAUAUGCGGUCCGGUCAGUGCAUCCAGUCAUUUGAAACCCACGAUUCGGAUAUCAACAGUGUCAGAUACUACCCAAGUGGAGAUGCUUUUGCCUCUGGUUCAGACGAUGCCACGUGCCGUUUAUAUGACCUUCGCGCCGACAGGGAAGUAGCAAUCUAUUCCAAAGAGAGCAUCAUUUUCGGAGCAUCCAGUGUGGACUUCUCUCUCAGCGGUCGCCUGCUGUUUGCAGGCUAUAACGAUUACACCAUAAACGUCUGGGAUGUGCUGAAGGGGUCCCGUGUAUCCAUCCUGUUCGGACACGAAAACCGCGUCAGCACCUUGCGGGUCUCUCCCGAUGGGACGGCAUUCUGCUCGGGCUCCUGGGACCACACUCUCCGAAUCUGGGCUUAACCUGAGAUCCUGUAUGCGGAAUCAAAUGAAGACUGACACCCUGGACUACAAAAGCUGCAUAAGAAGAGCCACCCCUCCGAAUGGAAUAUUUGCUACACCAGGAAAGAGGGACACUGGACCCACAGGUUAACACAACUAGGUAGAACACGUAAUUGCUUGAACACGUAGCAAACAUCGACCUGUAGUAAGAUGAAACGGUUUUAAUUCUGUUUUGAAACCAUCUUUUAUUAGAACUAGCUUAGAGAAUGAUAAAGGGACUUUUCUCUGAAGUCACCUCUAUCACAGAAUUGAGUAUUUCAGUGCACAUUAUGUAUUUAUUUGCAUGAAUCGAGUUGCUUUUUAA